CUUUCACAAACCACCGCUCCACUAUCCAAACAACAUCAAUCCCCAGUUCCCCACCCAAAGCAAAGGGAAAAGAAAAGGCGGGCAUUAAAUAACACAUUCCAUUCCGGCCUCCUCCUCCCAUCUCCGUGGAAUUUGCAGAGCGAGCACGCCGCCGAUCGCGCCACCCACCCACCCAUGGGCGGGCACCAGGCGGAGGAGGAGGGCGGUGGCGCGCGCGCCAAGAGGAGUGCGCCGCGCGCGGCGGGGGGCGAGACGGCGUCGUCGCUGUCGGCGCUGGCGGACGACGUGCUGCUCCAGAUCCUGGGGCGGCUCGAGGGGGACCCGCGGGACUGGGCGCGGGCGUCGUGCGCGUCCCCGCGCCUCGCCGCGCUGCUCCGGGCCGCCUGCCUCCCGCCGCGCCUGUCGCGGGCGCUCCCCGCGGAGCUGCUCCCGGCGCCGCCCCCCGACGGGGCACCCGCGGCCUGGGCGGCGCUGCACAAGCUCUCCGUCUGCUGCCCGGGGCUCCUCCGCGCCGGGGUGCUCCUCGAGCCCACCGACGACUUCGGCCUCGAGCUCGACAUCGGGCCCGACUUCCCCAUCCGCGCCCUCGCCGGCGACUCUGCCGCGGCCGCCUCCGUCGAGGGGCUCGAGGCCACGGCCACGUCCCGCGACCGCACGGCCGACGCCGUGGCCCGGGGCGGAGACGGAGACUCCACCGACGCCGCGUGGUCGCUCUACGACGACCUGUACCUGGACGCGGCCUACGACUGCUCGUCCGAGCCGCAGAUCCCACCUGCCGCCGCUGCCCCGGACCCUGGCCCGCCACCGGCCGCGCCGGCGAUCCGCGACGCGGAGGAAGAGGAGGAAGCAGCCGCCACCGAUGCCUCCUGCAGCGUGGCCCGGCGCGGCGUGGUGGCCGGGAGCCGGCGGCACCCGCGGCGGUGGCUGGGCACGGUGGGCGCGCACCUGGCGUCGGGGUCCUGGACGCUGAGCCGUGAGCAGGGGAACAAGCUCCUGGCCAGCCGGUUCCGCGGCGACCAGCUGUACCUGUGCGACUGGCCCGGGUGCGUGCACGCCGAGGAGCGCCGCAAGUACAUGGUCUUCCGCGGCGUGUUCCACAAUUUCGCCCGCUCCCAGGUGCGCCGCGCGCUUAGGGACACGCGCCGCCCCACCGUCGCCGUCGACUGCGCCUUCUGCGGCAGCAAGGAGGCGUGGGACCUCUACUCGGCAUUCUGCCUCCGCAGCUUCUACGGCUACCACGACGACGGCGAGCCCGUCGUGCGCGCCUACGUCUGCGAGAAUGGCCACGUCGCCGGCGCAUGGACCAAGCGCCCGCUCUACUCCUGAAUCCUGAUCCUGGAGAGCGGCCACCUCCCACACUGACAUGGUACCGCGUCAUCCACUGCCCUUCUCCAUUGCCAUGGCCAGAUGCUGCUGCUAGCAUUAGCAAGCAAAUAUUCCGUAUGAUUUAGCGAUAAAUAUGUAUGUGUUUAUUCUGCAUACAGUGAUGCAGAUUUCUUCGAGCUCUAGAUACAUGCAUGAUGUGUAUUCAAAUAUUGCUGUUCUUCAUGGGAUGGUUAUGAUUAGAAUAAAGGGCUGUUUAGGAGCACUCCACUCCAGAAAAACCA